AUGGAGUCGGGGUCAAGAAAAGAAGAGCACGGAGUCCCGCUGAAACCACUAAAGGGACUUAGGGCUUUUAUUUUCUUAAUCGGACAUUCGGUUUUCUGCAUCGCUCUAGCACUGGUGGUUGCUCUCGCUAUAGACGGGUAUCAAGCUAUCGACACCUCGACCCAUAGAUAUGUGGGUGGGAGGCUCAGAUUACAUGUCAGCGAUGUCACAACAUUCGUUUCUGUAGGCCUAGUCCUCGUCAAGUUGUUCGUCAGCUCAUGGUCGGUUAUUGCCAUAUGGGAUUGUGCCUGUCAACUUAGCAAGAACAAGGAGUUCGGUGACUUUAAAAUCGGUGCCCCCGGGUCAGCUAAAGAAACCGAAGCUGCCGAAGAUUUCGAAAUCACCAAGGUCGCUGCUACAGAUCAAACGGCUGAGGUUAAUGACGGUAGCAAAGCCAAUACCACUGACGGCACCGUUACUGAUGCUGGGGCUGAACGGGUAUCAUUUAUGCUGUCAUGGCGUGUACCUCCAUGGUUCAUGUUCCCCCCCAAGCUACCUAAGCAAGGCGGUAGCUGGGUUAUUCUACUGGCAUUACUCUUCAUGCUACCCCAGCCAUUCCUUGCGCCUCUACUCUCCGGCUCAAUCGAUUGGGCCUCAUCAUCCACGCUAGGAGAUAAAAGCCAAAACAUAAGCUCGGUUUCUCCCACUGCCAACUUCAAUCUAUGGUACUGGUACAAUGUCGGAGGAUAUAUUCAUAACUCUCACUUGAGGCGGGCGGCAGGUUAUGCGGCACUGGCCUGGGCUAAUCCAGCAGCAGCCGCGAAAAACGGAACCUCAAUCACCGGGAACGGAUGCCGUCAUGUCAUGAAUGAUGACGGCCUGCCAGUCAACUCGACAGUAUAUAACGUUACAAUCCCCUGCAUUCGGGUACACAGCAUCUCCUGGGCGGUCAGCGCUGAAGAAGUCUCAUCGGCUGAUGUUGAGUUGAUUACUGGCGGCGAAUCCAAGAGACUCAGCCAGAUAAGUGAGGAUCUGAGUUUAUAUUACACCGAGGGGGCAACGGUCGUUUUCGAUGCCAAUAAGACGUACAGGGUCACCGAUGACACCUCGGUCCUACCUUCUUCCACCUUAUUUUCUGGUACUAAAUCUGUCGGCCUCUUACUCACCCGUCAAGACAUAACGAGGCCUCUCUGUCGAGGUCUCCAACCCACCAUUUUCGGCCCCGGAAACAGAUAUGACAAAUAUUACAAUCCUCCCGACCAUAAUGACUUCCAUCAAAACUGCUAUCUUGUUGGUAAAAUCGAAUUUACAGCGGGGGUCACCACUAGCCGUCUCAGCAAAUACAUCGCCCCACGUAUCAUCGAAGAUUCGACUCCUAUCGAUGAAGUCAUUUUCGAGCCAGACCCAUGGGUUCAAGAAGCAAUCUGGCUUCUGCCUGACCUCAUGACUAUGCUAUCCAACCUGAACUCCUCUCUGCUCCCAACAUGGGAUAAUAUAGAUGGGUACACCGAAGCUUUGCUUAGGCAGGCGUACCUCGGGGCAUGGGAUGCUUUCCACGGCGCUUUUCAACCAGUUGGUCCUUCGGUCGUUGCUAUACCCCAAGAACAGAGGAUCGUUGCCAGUGUAUCGUUCAAAAGAGUUUUCGGAUGGCUGGCCGGAUGUUUUUUGGUUCCGGUGGCCGGCAUCCUAUUGCUAACCGGUGGGGGGACAGUGAAUUCAGAUGAAGUCGGGGAAGCUUUAAAUAGCAUAGUAUAUGAGUUCUUGUCUCAGUCCGGUGGUGGAUGA